AUGCCGCAGGAGUUUAGCUAUGGUGUGCUUGAGAAUAACCAUACCUCUGGCAUACUUUUGUACGGCCCGCCUGGAACGGGAAAGACGCUUCUGGUGAAGGCGCUCGCAAAGGCCGGGCAUACUAGUAUUCUGGAAGUACGGCCGGGAGACGUGUUGGACAUGUACGUGGGCGAGUCGGAGAAGAACGUGCAGGCGCUGUUCUCGCUAGCGAGGAAACUGAGCCCGGCGAUUAUCUUCAUCGACGAAGUCGAGGCGCUGUUCAGGAACCGCACGGCCUCACAUCACACUAACAAGGGCCAUCGCAAUAUGCUGAAUCAGUUUAUGGUUGAAUGGGACGGACUCCGCAGCGAGAAAGUCAUGCUGGUCGGCGCCACUAACCGGCCGUUUGAUUUGGACGACGCGAUUCUGCGACGGUUCCCGCGCCGGAUUUUAGUUGAUCUGCCGUUGGAAAAGACGCGCGAGGAGAUCUUCCGCGUGCACUUGAAGGGCGAGCAGCUUGACGAGAGCACGGUCUCGCUCUCGCGGCUGGCGCAGGAGACAAAGUUCUUCUCGGGCUCGGAUAUCAAGAACGUGUGUAUUUCGGCCGCGUUGAUGGCGGUCAAGGAAAUCAAGCAAAAGAUCGACAGCGGCGAGAUCGCGCCCGCGGACGCGGCGAACCAGAAGCGCACGCUCGAGUGGCGGCACUUUGAGUUUGCGCUCAAGCAGACGGGUUCGUCGAUCAGCGACGACAUGAGCUCGAUCACCAUGAUUCGGGAGUGGGACCGGGAGUUUGGGCAGGAUCGGAAGAAGAAGGCGGAGGUGAAGCCGUGGGGGUUUUCGCGGGAGACUCCGUCGGCGGAUAUAGCUGUUCGGCCUGAGGACCGUUAG